AUUGCAGGCGGGGUUUGGUGUGUGUGUGUGUGUGUGUGUUGAGAAAGUCAGCUGAGAGAUUGUCUGUACCUCAACAGGAAUAUCGGCUUCCGAGGGAGCAAAAGCAGAGUGAAGAGAGUGAAGGUUGUCGGGGCCGGACAGCGCUUUGGGGCUCUUUUUCUGCUCCUGUUAGAAGUGAAUGUACAAUCAAGAGGUGAACGUUUACUAACAUGGCAGUAGCUGGAUGUCCGGAUUACUUCCUACACCAUCCAAAUUAUCAGCAGGACAAUGUCGACCGAACUGCCAAUCACAGACCAGCUAAUCUAAUCGGGUCAAGUUUCCAACAGGCGGCCAGUCGGAACUCUCCUAAUCACCAAGAGGAUGACGUGGAUCUGGAGGCGCUGGUGAACGAUAUGAACUCGUCGUUUGAGAGUCUGUACCCCGUGGGCAGUGUGCAGUGCGAGUCGGCUCCCCUGUUACACAACGGCCAGCACACACACACCCACACGCACACACAGCCCAUCUCACCGCACCAGAGACUGCGACGCUCCCAGCCCAUGCACAUCCUUGCUGUCAGGAGGCUACAAGAAGAAGCGCAGCAGUUUCAGACAUCAUCUCUGCCCGCCAUCCCAAACCCUUUCCCCGAAUUGUGUAGUCCAGCCAGUUCACCCACAGCCUGUCCCGGCUCUUUACCCCCGUGUCAAACGUCAGAAAAACAUAUUGUUAAAAUCUUCGGAGAGGACGGCAUGGGCAAAGUGGUGGAGAUCCCAUCCGACAUGACGGCACGAGACCUGUGCCAGCUGCUCGUGUACAAAAGCCACUGCGUGGAUGACAACAGCUGGGCGCUGGUGGAGCAUCACCCGGCCCUUGGGCUAGAGAGAUGCUUAGAAGACCAUGAACUGGUAGUUCAAGUGCAGGCGUCCAUGACUAGUGAGAGCAAGUUUGUCUUCAGGAAGAACUAUGCCAAAUAUGAAUUCUUCAAAAAUCCUCUGAACUUCUUUCCAGAGCAGAUGGUGGCCUGGUGUCAAGAAAGCAAUGGGACCAUUCCUCCAUCUCAGCUGUUGCAAAACUUCUUAAACUCCAGCAGUUGUCCAGAAAUCCAGGGUUACCUAUAUGUGAAAGAAACAGGCAGGAAGUCAUGGAAAAAGCUGUAUGUGUUUUUGAGACGCUCAGGAUUAUACUACUCGACAAAAGGAACGUCAAAGGAGCCAAGGCACUUACAGUUACUAGCAGACCUUGAAGACAGCAACAUCUUUACUGUAAUAGCAGGAAAGAAGCUUCACAAUGCGCCAACAGAGUACGAGUUUUGUAUAAAGCCCAACAAGGUCCGGAGCGAGCACAAGGAACUAAGGAUGUUGUGUGCAGAAGACGAACAGAGCAGAACAUGCUGGAUGACGGCCUUCAGAUUAUUUAAGUAUGGAAUUCUGCUUUAUCAAAACUAUAAAUUCCCGCAGCAGAGAAAAGCUUUGAUCUCACACUUCCCAGCACCAAUGAGGAGUGUGUCAGAGAACUCUCUAGUAGCCAUGGAUUUCUCAGGGACAAUAGGCAGGGUGAUCGACAAUCCUGUGGAAGCUCAGAGUGCUGCUCUGGAGGAAGCCCAUGCCUGGAGGAAAAGAAGUCAGCGCAUGAAUACUUUGGGGAGCCCUAGUCCACUCCACCCAUCAUCAUUAAGUGGAGUGAUACACAAAACUCAGCUUUGGUUUCACGGUCGAAUCACAAGGGAGGAAUCGCACAGGAUGAUGCACCAACAGGGCCAAGUGGAUGGACUGUUUCUAUUGAGGGACAGCCAGAGCAACCCGAAAGCCUUCGUGCUUACCAUGUGUCACCACCAGAAAAUCAAACACUUUCAAAUUUUACUGUGUGAAGAGGACGGUCAAAUGUUCUUCAGCCUUGAUGAUGGCACCACCAAAUUCACGGACCUGAUCCAGCUGGUGGAGUUCUACCAGCUCAACCGAGGAGUCCUUCCUUGCAAACUCAAGCACCCCUGCACCAUUGUGGCCUUAUGACCCCAUCCUCCAAACCUACCAUUGGUUCUCUGAGAAUCGGACUGUGUUUCACCUGGUUUAACGAUGUGCACGUGACUGGCUGUCCACCGAUAAGUACUCUGCAGGCGUUCCUGUAUGAUUUCCAGUGGAACUUUUAAGCACCAACAGGGCCAUUAUGAAGCUAUCGAGAUAGAUCUUGGUUGCCUUGAUCCACUGGUAAACUCAAAAGGUUCUUCCUCGUACAAUCAUCAGGGUGUCCUUUUUGAUGAUUUGAAUAUCCUGUUUGAUAAAAUCAGAUGGUCUGCUCUGUUGGAAAGAUCUCCAUGAAUAUGGAAAAUGGACCAUCGCAUGGUCCCUUGUUUUGGAAAGAUUUCUAGACGGUGGAAGACAAAUACCUAUAGUUUGAAUUUGACUUUGAAGCACAGUAAACAGCAAAGCUAGAAAUGACGUAGUCAGAAAUCCAAGAGUCAUUUGAAUUCACCUGCCUUUUAUAUUUUGAGAUCUCCUUGAGAUCUCCUGCACUCUCUAUGAGUGCUUGGAGAUGGAACGACAUCUGUAGGAGGUCAAAGCACAGGUCUGUAAAAGAGACUUUGGACGUGGUUUGUGAGCGAAAUCCUACAUUUUGCUCUUUGCUAGGCCUAUUUCUACAGCUUCCUCCAUCUGGAUCUCAAGAAUGUUACACUGCUCAUAUGUUUUUAUAUAUAUAUAUAUAUAUAUAUAUAUAUAUAUAUAUAUAUAUAUAUAUAUAUAUAUAUAUAUAUAUAUAUAUAUAAAUAUUAUGUAUGUGUGUGUAUAGUUUAUAAGCUCUUUCAGAUUACUGUCCACUUGACACAGUCCUCUGUUUUGACUUUGUGUCACUGUAAAGCCUCAGCUAAUGUCCAAAUGUUCCACCACCCUUUGAGAGACACCAUUUAAACACUUGAAGCACCCUCUGCUGGCCGUCCAGGGUAACACAGCCUGAAGUGGGUGCUUGGAUCAGCUUCACUACUGCCACCUUUAGAAAGGGCACCUUGAAGUGGACAAAAAUUGGAAAAACAGUGGAAAAAUAACCACUAUGAUCCCCUGAUGGCAAACUGCAGGGAGCUCCGUUAUAACGGAUGCCGUCUUUUUUCUUUUUCUCAGAUGAAAUCAAGAGGCAGGAAUCACCAGAUCUGCUUGUUUGUCAUUUCAGUGUAUUGGUAGAUCAAUAGGACAGUGCACUGUGAAGCUUCCAGAACAGCUGGGGCUCUGUUUCCUUUACUGCCUUGUUCAGUAGUAGCACGAUAUAUGGACAGAUUUGUAACAAUAUUUUUCAAAUUGUGACUUUAUGGAAGAGCCAUCUUCUUUAGUAUUUACAUAAUAACAUAUUAAGCUAGAUGGAAAAGGCCUGGCCGCAGUGUCUACGAGCUCUGCUGAGUGAUCAUGAUUACACAGAUAUAAAUGCAAAUGAUGCAAUCAUUUUUAAGUGUUGUUUCCGUGGAUCUAUUUAUUUAUCUGGAUCUGAAUGAUUACUUGAAAUUUUAGUGAACUUCUCAGCGCUGUUCCGUACUGCUCUUCCACCGUUUUUUUUUUUGUAAACGUAUUGAGCCUAAUGUAUUUUUUUCACCUAAUAUCAGAGAUUUCUUAUACUAACCCUGUUUUAUUGAGCUCUUCACCAUUAUCUGCUGUAUUGUUGCAUUACAAUUUUGGCCUUGCUAUCAUCACCAUUAUAUUCAAAAAUACAAAAGUUUUGUCGUUCGUAGUUGUUGACAUAUUUCCCCUUUGUUCACUAAUUUUAUUCAUUCUUUCAUGAGAAAGGAAAAGACUCAUUUUUUUUUUCUUUUAUUUUAAGAUUUGCACAUUAUUACAUUAAUGAAAAUUGGAUGAUUUUUUUUCCCAGUUUUUUUGUGCUAAAGAGGACGGGGGGGGGGGGCCUCAGAUCGGUCUGCCACAACCCCACUGAAUUAUGAGGAAACAAAAGCAGACUUUUUUUUUUAAAUGUACUAGCACUUUUAUAUAUCUACGAAGAUUCCGCUCCAGAAUGAAAGCUGAAAUGCAGCGUUGCUUUUCAUUUGUGACAUAAGGACAACGUGCCACACUGAAAAGUAAAACCACUGAAAAGCAUUGCUUGUCUCUCAGCAGGGGGCGACUUUGCAUUUCUCGUGUUGUGUUGCGUUUCACUUUCAUCAGGACGUUGCAGUUGUGCCACACUGAAAUGUGAUAACUGUCCGAUCCAGUCUUGGCCCAAAGGCACACUCGUCGGGGGAAGAGUUUGUAUUUGAUGAAGGGCCUAAAUGCAUCUUAAAAGGAAUAUCUAGCCGAGGAAAGCUCUGCUGAUUCAUGUUAACUAGAUGUCGGACCCUACUUUCCCUGACUUUCUUGGAGUAAAAAAAAAAAAACAUACUUUUCCAUGUUACUGGAGUAGUACCCUCAGGGUAAAUGAUUUAAGCUACACAUCUGGAUCUUAUGAAGCUGUCUUGUACUUUUUAAUUAGCCUUUAGUAUAUAAUUUACAUGCAAAUAUCCAGGUCAAAUUAACACAAAAGUUACAAACGGUGUAGCCUUGAGGGCACCAACCUAGCAACAAGAAAACCGUUUAGGACAAAUCUCAGUAAAAGCGAUGAUUCACACAGGUUUCCGUCGUUUUUUUUCCUGCUUUUAUCCUGUUCCAUUCUUUAGUAUCUCGCUUUAAAUAUCAUAUACCCUGCUUUUGUUUUGUUUCGCUUAUGCAUUUUUUGUUUUUAAGGGCUCUUUAAGCUUUACUAAAAAAGGGAAAUCCUCCAUUGUAGGAUUUGAUUUGUAGGAAUAUAAAAUUGAAGAAUUCUCACUUUGGGGCUGCUUGGUGCAAAGGUGCCAUCGUGGAUGGUUUAGUCAUAGCAUUUACCAUUUGUUUUGUUUUUUUAAACGAUGUGUUUUUUCUAUGACUCAAUCCUGUUUUUUGUUUGUUUUUUGUUUUUAAACAAAGCAGCAAUCAAACCAAACAAAAUUUGCUCAGCAGAAAAGGCAGUUCGCUGAAGGGGAAAGGGCACAAAUGAGAUGCAUUGGCUUCUGAUGAUGAUUAUCAGACUUCAUCUACUUGUGCAUUGACUUACAAAUUUACAAACCUCUUUCUUAUUAGCCAGUAGAAAAUAAAUGUGCCGGGAAAAAAUGGUGGCACUAAUGAUUAUUGAGCCUUACUUUACCCUUGCCGUUUUCAUAUUGUUGCUUGGUUGCAAACCUGGAAACAAUAUGCCAUGUGACGUCCCCUGACAUUUUAAGAUUUCCUUGUUAUUGUAUCGCUCGGGAUUGAUUUGUAGCAAUACCAUUUUGGCUCAAUCUAUAAUUAAAUCGAUGUCUAACUUCAUCCAGUUAUCCAUUUUCGUGCUGCUUUUGUCCUCACUAAAAUGACCCACAUUCUGAAUCUAACACCUUGAACUCACAUUAAUAUUUCUGUCAUUUUCACAACACUAAUAAUAAUAAAAAAAAUUGUUCUUUAUGGCUACACAAUAAAAUCAUUAAAAGCCUAAAGAAUUGACACUGUAUUUAAGGUUUCCAAUCACUAUAUUCAUUUUUGUUUUGUUUUUCACAAUGGCUUACAAAAUGAAGAAACUUGACCUUUUUUGGAGGGUGGGGGUGGUUCUGUGUCCUUUUUUUUUUUUUUUUUUUGAUUUUGUAAAGUGUAAAUACAAUGGUUUAUUCAGUUUCUCAGUGUUCAAGGUCAUUUAACAUUUAUUUAAGCUGGUAAAAAAAAAAAAGAAACUGGAGUCUGGGGUGAGCUUCUUGUGGUCACAGUAACUAUUAAGCUAAAAAAAAUUAUUAUUUUUUUCCACAGAAUACACUUUGAUAAUGCUAACUUAGCCUUCAUGGACAGUGUGUUUUUGUUUAUGCACAGUGAAAGCUUAAGCAUAAUGUCCUGAUGUUCAGAUGAGCUGGUGUCGUGAAUCGUUUACAGUGUUGAGAGUACAUCAGCGUAUUAAAGAGAAAUGAAUGUAACUGGGUUGCUCAGGGUUGAUGUGGAGACUGAUGAGGCCCAGUCCCCAGAAGGACUGGUGCCAUUUCUAGAACUUUCUAUAUACUUUCUAGUCUUUUUACCUUUGACAGCUCUUGGUGUUAUCAUUGAGUUUUAGGAUAUAGCGGUCUUUUCUAGUUUUUGUGUUUUUCAUACUGUUCAAUCCUAUAUUGAACGUGAAACAGUGCUAAAAUAUUAGUUUCUUCUUGGUUUUAGCUUUACUUGUAUUAUGAAGCAUAAAAUCCAGCAGGUGCCUCAGACCUUUACCCUUGUCUCCAUUUACACCAACACACUAACCAGAUUUUUGUAUAUAUUAGAUGGCUAAGACCGGUUUCUGUCUUUCAUAUCUAUAUGGACAAUAGGGCAGCAGUCUUAAUCUGAGACAACUAAAACCUCCAGGUCUGGUGUCCACUUAUACACCAGAUGUAAUCUGGGGGUGUCACUGGAUCUUAAUGACCUGUAAUGCGUAAGCCCCUUUCUUUAGUAACAAUAACGUGCAUCUUCACUCCUCUUGUCACCAUGCAAAAAAAGUGUGACUGUACAUGUACAUACAAAUAGAUAUAUAAAUAAAUAUAUGUUUUUCAGGGAAUUAAAACAAAAAGCAAGAAAAAAAGCUUUUCCCUUUUUUUCUGUCUUGAUAAUGUGCUUUUGCUUGGUCUUGUAAAUAGCUGAAUGGCUUACAAAUGCUAACUGUAACCUUUUCAGGUAUUUUUGUACAAAUAAGGGUCUGCUAUAUUCUGUUUAUUGUAAGUAGAAUAAAACAUUAAUACAUUGCUAUAA